AUGGAACGACGAUUGAAAGCUCUUUACUUCACUUCGCCGUGCAGGUUCCAAGGCGAUAUAUUUCGCAGAAGGUACAGAAUGCAACCUCAUGUGUUUAACCAAAUGAUGCAUGAUGUCGCCAACCACGAUCCGUACUUCGUGCAAACUGAUGAUGCCUCCGGCAGAGUUGGUUUGUCUACCGAACAAAAGCUGACUUGUGCUAUGAGGACGCUUGCUUACGGGCUUCCGGCCGACCUGUGUGAUGAGUUUCUAGACGUAGUUGAAUCUACAGCUUUGGAGAUCUUGUCGCACUUUACUAGAGCAAUCUGGAAUGUGUACCACGAUCAUUACCUUUGUCGACCAACUCCGGCAUAUUUGCAGCGGUUGCUCGAUGUUGCCGACGAAAGGGGGUUCCCCGGAAUGGUGGGAAGUCUCGAUUGUUCCCUUAAUGAUAUUAAUGUACUUGGAAUGUCUCCAUUAUUCAAGGAAAUAUGCACAGGUGAGGCUCCUCGAGUUUCGUACCAUGUAGGUGAUAGAGAAUAUGGCCAAUGCUACUACCUAGUCGAUGGGAUCUACCCUAAAUGGGGAUCUUUUGUGAAAGCAAUUAGAAAUCCAAUUACGCCAGAGCAAGCUCAUUUUACAAAGAUGCAGGAGUCAUACAGAAAAGACGUGGAGAGGGCUUUUGGCAUUCUCCAAGCUCGUUUUGCAAUAGUAAGAGGACCCGCCCGUGGAUGGGAUAGAGAGGAUCUAUCAUACAUCAUGAUGACCUGCAUUAUUUUGCACAACAUGAUUGUCGAUGAUGAGCGUGAAGAAGAUGAAGAGUCGCCUUUUGACCCCGAUGAUAUCCCCACCAGACCAAGGAAAGCACAAAUAUAUGAGAGGUAUAAGGAUGAUCAUGAGGUUGAGCGCAACCGUCUUGAACUUGAGGAGUUCAUGACCCGUUACCAGGGGGUUAGAUGCCCAAUUGUGCAUAGAGUCCUUCAAGGAGAUUUGGUUAAGCACCUCUGGAACAUGAAGCUACAAGCAGAGCGGAACCGCAGAUGA